AUGUUAAGACUUGAAAUUAAUAAACAGUUUUGGAGUGUGUCCAAAGAUGAACAAAGGAUGUAUGUAAUUAAUUCGGUUGAACGAAGAGAUGUUAAACGUAGAAGAGGACAUGAUGAAAUAAGAAAAAAAUGGUCUUUUUAUUAUACCCUUACAAAUUUGGAUGGUAUUAAAGUAUAUGUCUGUAAAUUAUUUUACCUUGCAACAUUGGGAUUUUCGUCAAAAAAUGAUUAUUUUAUUCAAAAUAUAUGCUCAAAUAUGACUGAAAAAAGUGCAAUUGUGUCUCCUUUAAAUAAAAUAACUAGAACUGCAUGGAACAAAUGUGAUUUAGAACCGAUAAAAGAAUACAUUAAUUCAUUCAACCCAACAGUGGCUCAUUAUAGGAGAGAACAUGCUCCCAACAGGAAAUACUUGCCAAAUGAAAUCAAUGCGACCUACAUGUAUUCUGAUUUUAAAGAAAAAAAUCCAGCCAUUAAAUUUUCAUACGACGUCUAUAGAAAAACAUAA